GAGGGAGGGAGAGGAGGUCGCGCGCCUGGAAGCGCAGAAACAAGAGAGUGAUGCAGUGGUUAAGCACUGGACCUAGAGUUAGGAAGACCUGAAUUCAAAUGAGACCCUGGAAUGGAAACAGACUAUAAUCACAUGGAGCUUAGCAGUAACACAGGAAUCGAAGAGGAUUCUGAAUUUCAAGAUUUUGAAAGAACAGAUGUAAAAGACAUGAGACUAGAAGCCGAAGCUGUCGUGAAUGAUGUACUUUUUGCUGUUAGCAACAUGUUUGUCUCCAAAAGCCUGCCUUGUUCAGAUGAUGUUGCAUAUAUCAAUGUGGAAACAAGAGAAGGGAACAAAUACUGCCUGGAGCUCUCAGAAGCAGGGCUUAGGGUGGUGGGUUAUGCUUUUGACCAGGUGGAUGAUAAUAUACAAACUCCCUACCAUGAGACAGUGUACUCUUUGUUGGAUACCCUUAGUCCAGCAUACCGAGAAGCAUUUGGAAAUGCACUUCUAAGAAGACUGGAAGCUUUGAAACGGGAUGGACAGUCAUAAUUUAUUCUACAUUGUAAACUAAUUUUCUGUUAGGCUUGCUGCUGGAAACUUAAAAUUUAAACCUUGAUUCUUGCUAAUGAAUAUAAUAGAAAAUCAUUUUUUGUUUUGUUUUUCAGCAUUAUUGCUUGCUUUAGAUUUAGGCUUCUCACUCCAAGCAGUAUUAAUAAAAAACUGUUCUUCUCUUCCACCAAGGGAAAUUCCACCCUUGAUUUGUGAUGUAGAUCAUGAAUACAUUUAGAUUUAUUUGAAAUAGUACUUCUGCAUUUUAAAAAACAAAACAGUAUUUUACUAUAAAAAUGUAGGGCUUUAAUGCAUCUAGCACUACAUAUGGAAUUCUAGACUUGCCUAAUAAAAUUGGCAUUCCAAUUAAUUCUCUACAAUUUUAAUCCAGUUUGCUAAAUCAGGGGUUCAAUGUUAGCUUGGACUGAAUUUGUAGUGAUUAUUUUGCUACUGGCCUUACAGGGAACAAAUUAUCAACAAGUUUCCCCUGCACAAACUUUGAAAUUGCUUAAACUAUUUGUACUAGUGCGAAUUGAUAAAAAUGAAUUCAUUGUAUAUAAUUUAUCUAGGUAUUAUUGUGCUAAAUGACACAGGGAUUAGAAUAUUUUAUGUAUCCUAUUUGCAACAGUCAGCCAGCUAAAUAAAGGAUAAACCUUUAGCCUAUGAAUGUAAAAAUUACUAUCUAAUCUCCAAGAUACCUAAGCACAGAAUAUAAAAAUAGGCUCCAUCUUUUUUUCUUAAUAAAAAACAUCAUAAAAUUGCAUUGUUAAAAAAAAUGUUACAAUCUGUUUUCCUAAGAAACAAUAUUUUGGCCCAUGUUGAUUCUUAUUUUUCUGAAUGUUUGUUUACAUAAUGUACAGUGUUUAUAUAUUCAAAAGUAUUUUUGCUUCAACGUUUACUUUAUAAAAUGUAGUACUUUGGUAUCCUGUGAUGCUUCCCUCUUUCCCUUCAAAUGUACAGUGUUUUGUCUCAAUGCUAAAUCUACAAUGUAAUAAUGCAUUGUAUAGGUUUGAAACCAAAGGACAUAUGAAGCAUUCAAAGACUAAUAUUUGGAAAAAGGAUACUCUGUAUUUUAUAUUUUAUUACAAGUACUAAUAUUUGUAAGUUUAUUUAACUGAAUCAUGCUGCUAUGUGUUUUCAGGUAUAUGUUGGAUGGGAACGAUGGGGAUUGCUUUUUAAAUAAUCAGCUAACAUCAUAGUAGAAGUAAAAUUCAAUACCUGGAUAAGCUUCCUAAGUCUACUGAAUUUACAAAUUGUUAUUCUUUGUUUAAUAAUAAAAGAUAAUCAUUUUUGUUCUGAACAAAUAUUAAUUUGUAUAUGCCAGAGCAAACUAAACAAUUAAUUUGGGUUUUGUAGUCAAACCUUAUUGUAAUGUUUUCGUUAAAUUUCAGAAGACACAUAUUUGUAGCUUUGUUUUCAAUGCUUAACAGUAAAACCUAGAUUUGAAUUUAAAAUUUCUCAUGCUCGUUCUCAGGCCAAAUGUAAAAAUUUUUUUUAAAAAUCUCUUUUUCUGAAUAAACUUUUCCUCAUUUUUGGUUAAAUAUGAAGAAAAAUGGGGGUUUUUUGGCUUGAAGAAAAUUGAAAUUGCUGAUUUUCUAAUUUGGUUUCAGGGCUCAUUAGUUCUGAUUUAACAAUUCCACAUUUCCUUAAUUAUGUGUUAGAAGGAUUAAAUUGGUUGCUCGUCUUCGAGAAAGAGUAGAGAUUUAUUUAUUCAAUUUGUAGGCACUUCAGUGUUGAUUUUCAUUUAAAAUUACAUUGAAUUCACCAAAAAAAAAUAAAAUAGAAUAAAAGGGGCAGCUAGGUGGCACUGGCCCUGGAUUCAG